AUGCUGUCACGUGCCGCACCCCCCGCGCCCCUCCAGAUCAUGACCAACCCCUCCAACACCUCCGGCCCCGGCGGCAAGCUGAAGCAGGCCAUCGAGGCCAGCUUUGGCUCCGUCGACGCGCUGAAGGAGAAGUUCAACGCCGCGGCCACCACCCGCUUCGGCUCAGGCUGGGCCUGGCUGGUCGUGACCCCGGAGGGCAAGCUGGUGGUGACCAGCACGCCCAACCAGGACAACCCCCUGCAGGCGGGACUGGUGGACCAGGCGGGGACCCCUGUGCUGGGCCUGGACGUCUGGGAGCACGCCUACUACCUGAAGUACCAGAACAGGCGCCCAGAGUACAUCAAUGCCUGGUGGAGCGUCGUGAACUGGGAGCAGGCGGAGGAGAACUUCAAGGCCGCCAAGUGA